AUGACGUUGGAGCUAUUUUUUAGCAUCGCCUCAUUUACCAUCUUGCUUGUUAUAAUGUGCUUUGUAAUCAAAAUCUACUUGGCUCUUACAUCAACCUGCAGAGGGAGUAAACCCUUCUCCGUAGAGAGCACGAAAAGGGAAAAUCAAGAAAAAGCUAUCAAAGAACAGAGAGAACUGGAAGCGGGGAUACCGUGGAACAAUACAGGGGCAGAAAGGACAGGAGAGUUCGGGCACCAACGUGUCCCAGUACAACACGAUGAACGACAGUGUUUGGGAGUGAGUACAAGAUUUAUUGUAAAGGUUUUUAUGAAUGAUCAGUUUGAUAAAGAACCCCUAAUUUUCCCCGCCUCCAUAGCUUGUUCCAGGCUCUCAGAUAGUAGGGAUGACGAGUGAGUGAAAGGCACGCAAAAAUAUGAGGCCGUGAACUGGGAAAAGGGGGCGGUGGCGGGAAAAAGGAAGGCGCCACCCUUCCUCUCCCCAGUUUCUUCCCGUUUAUUUUCAUGUUGGCGCUUUCUCAAUUUUGCGCACCCUACUAUCUCGGAGCCUGGAACAGGCUAUAUUUCGGCGAACUGACUAUUUUUACACUAAACCGUAUAGCCUUUGGUGCCGACACGGGUUUAGUAUGAACACCUUUCCGAUAUGUGACUCUCCACUUUAGAGACAGGGGCCGGACAGCUUGACUCUCCUUUACAGAAAAACUUCCAAAAUCAGCGUUCAUACUUGUGAACAGAAGAAGUGAAUCGAACAUAGCCUUAAAGCUCAAGAGUAGUCGAUUCCCAGGUUGUAGUCUAUAACCGUGUAACUUAUAACGUAAUUUAUAAGGGCGUGGGUGCAUGUCUUUGACUCAUGGUUACAAAGAUUGUAAUGAAAUAGUGGUGGUAUUAUUAAUAUUAUAUAUGAUGCAUUACGAGCAAAUUAACGCGGAUGAAAUCGCAACAUUCAUUUGAGGUUUUGCGAUCCAAGCAAACUAAAUUUAAAAACUCGUUUUAUUCUUGCGUUUUCUCUGCAAACUUGUCGGAAACCGGCCUAUUCAGUUUUAAUAUUUGUUUAAAACGGUUUGUAUUUUCCUAAAAUUGAAGUUAUUGGAAUGUUAGGUUAUAAAAUACAUGUCAACAACUAAGCUCUGAAACUAUAAUCACUCUAAUCAGGGAGAGAAAUUGGAAAGGACUUUAUUUUCUUUGAUUUUAUUUUCCAAUUUUCUUAAAAUGACAUAACGUGAUGUUAUUUUUUAUUUCAGAUGCACCAGGAUGAUACCGAUGGGACUUUAUAUGGCGAAUAUUACGCUAAAGUAAAGAUUGAUGAUGAUGAUGAUGAUGAUGCAGUUUCGUGGCAGAUUAUUUAG